AUGGCCACAAACUCACCCCCAGAGAAGGUGCUGAAGGCAGGUAGAGACACUGACCGGUCCCGAGGUAAAGCUCCCUCUGCUUCGGUUCUCCCAGGCCCCAGUGGCACCUCAGCGGCCGGCCGGGCGCCUCGGGGCCUCAGAGUUGAAACGAUGGCAGCAGCCGAGGCCAUCUCCAUGACUGGUGGACAGCUGGGGCUGUUUUCUGUGCCUAGGAAUCAGCAUUUCGACCCUGAGGGUGGCCGUGGCCCAAACAUUGAACUUGGACGUCUUAGGCCCAAGGUGAGAAGCCAGAGAGAGGUAGGCCAAACCCCGGAAGGCGGGAAAGGCGUCGAAGGCGGGAAAGGCGUCGAAGGCAGGAAAGGCGGCGAUGGGCCCCCGGCUCAAACAAAGAGCAGUAGAAAGAGGAAGCAGCCCAAUGAAAACCCAACUACCGAAUGUGCAGGUGGGCUUCAGCUUCCGGAAGCUCUAGAGUUGCCGGGUACACCCCAGCCACCAUCUUCUCUGAGCUCUCAGCCUGGCAGCAGCCACCAUUUUGAAUUUUCAGUGGGGAGCCUAGAAUCCCUAGGGCCUACCCUCAGGAGCAGCACCGUGCCACGCUAUGUGUCUACUCCAGCCCCUGAGGCCCUGAGCCAAGCCGGUCCGACUGUUUCUGGCCCUCACAGCCGUGCACCCAAGGCCAGCUGUGAUGGGCGUGACCACUCCACCCCUGUUGGCCAGGAACUCGGUCAACAGGCCCUUCUGCCGGUUCCUGAUGAUGGACUUUGUCACAGGGGUCCUGACCCCAAAGGCAGUGUGACUCCUGAAGGCAGGGUUCUCCGCUCAAGCUCACGAGUCGUAACAUCUGGUGGUCAUAGCAGUACAUCUGUAGUCAACCCUGAAGUUGGCCCCGAAGCCUACAACAUCCGCUGGAAUUUACGCCCUCGGGCCACUCCACGAGUUCCUGCUCCUCACAGCUACACCCCAGGGUCCAGUUCUGAUAGAGGCAGCCAUGAAACACAGUGCAGAAGCAGACACAUUGCAUCCAGUCUCGGCCCUGACGACCAACGAAGCCUUACAAUAAAGAUGGAUCUGAACCUGGAGCCGGAGCCCGAAUCAGAAUCAGAGCCAGAGCCAGAAUCGGAGUUGGAAUCGGAGCCAGAAUCAGAAUCAGAGCCAGAAUCACAGCCAGAAUCAGAGCUGGAGGGAGAGGCAGAGCCAGAACCUGGCCCUAGCAGCCAGCCACAAGCAAGCCUUUCCACCUUUAGGCAUGCAGUUCCAAGGAGAUCCUUGCUAGCAACCAGAGGCUCUCCUCCAAGGCGCCCAGUCCGUAUGCGGGCUUCUUCCCCUUCUCCUCCUGGUAGGCACUAUCCUUUCCCUGGGCAGUAUAAUGAAGGUGCCAGUUCUUCCUCCUCAUCCUCCAACGAGGAUGUCUCCUGUGUUUCAGGUCCCCCUUCUUUCCUUAAUAAGACACCAGAACGGGGCUCCCCAUCUUCAUUAGGUGACUUAAGCUCUGACUCUGGUCCUAGUCCUGGUGCCCUUUGGCGUGCCUUGAUACCUGACCUGGAUAACCUUGAUUCUUCCUCUUCUGGAGAGUCAGAGGAAGAAAUAGAGAUUGCCCCUCACCCUCCUGCAUAG